AUGGUUGCCGAAAGCUUUUGCCCGAAGCAAAACGAUCAUGUACCUUUCAUUCUAGGUCUUCAACCAUCCGCACUCGUUGACAGCGUCGCUCGUGUCGAUUGCUCCUUGCUCGAUCGGAUUCCCGGCGAACGCGGUGGCUCCAUUCCCGUUGCGAUUGAAGAGCUUGAAGAUAUACUCAAGGAAGUUGAAACUAGUCUUCGUGAUGAGGCUAAUGAUGAUUCGAGUUCUUCUAGGAUGAAAACUAUGGCUGGUGGUAGUGUUGCUAAUACCAUUCGCGGUCUUAGUAGUGGUUUUGGAAUUUCUAGUGGAAUUAUUGGAGCUUGUGGAGAUGAUGAACAAGGGCAAUUGUUUGUUAAUAAUAUGUCGUCUCAUGGUGUUGAUCUUUCUAGACUCCGGAAGAAGAAAGGACAUACUGCACAGUGUGUUUGCUUGGUAGAUGAAUUGGCUAAUCGAACAAUGCGGCCUUGUCUCUCAAAUGCUGUCAAAGUACAGGCUCAAGAGUUGACGAAAGAGGAUUUCAAAGGCUCCAAGUGGUUGGUGUUGAGAUAUGCGGUACUCAAUUUGGAAGUUAUUCAAGCGGCCAUUGAUUUGGCCAAACAGGAAGGUCUUCUUGUUUCCUUGGACUUGGCCAGUUUUGAGAUGGUUAGGAACUUUAAAUUACCACUUCUGAAGUUGCUGGAAUCUGGAAACAUAGAUCUCUGCUUUGCCAAUGAGGAUGAGGCAACAGAACUUUUAAGUUUUAGGGGCGAACAGAAUGCUGAUCCAAUAGCCGCCGUAGAAUUUCUUGCCAAAUACUGCGAAUGGGCUGUGGUAACAUUGGGAUCUAAUGGAUGCAUUGCUAGACAUGGGAAGGAGAUGAUACGUGUCUCGGCGAUAGGAGAAUCAAAGGCAACUGAUGCUACAGGAGCAGGAGACCUUUUUGCAAGUGGAUUUUUGUACGGAGUAGUUAAGGGUUUGUCACUAGAAGAAUGCUGUAAAGUAGGCACAUGUAGUGGUGGAUCUGUCAUCCGAUCUCUUGGUGGUGAGGUAACAUUAGAGAAUUGGCAAUGGAUGUACAAGCAGAUGCAAGUGAAGGGUCUUCCCACACCUGAGGGCUUAUGA